AUGGCCCACAAGAUGAGUCCUCUGGUGCGGAUCGUUGUGAUCGUACACCUAAUUAUGGAAAUCCAUUCACGGUUUGAGUUCACUAACGUCAACUGCACUCAGGUGGAUAAGAAAUUCGGGGAGUUUGACUACUGCUACCUGAAGUCCGUGAAUCGCACCUAUAAAUACAUGUCCAUAAAACUUAAAGUUUAUGAUCUUCCUAUUAAAGCCAUGCAAAUAAACAUGGAGUUGUCAAAGCGAUUCAAUGGAUACAAGCCCUUUCUGUAUAAUAUUACAUUCGAUGCCUGCAAAUUUUUUGUGAAUCCAAAUUCAAGUCCUGUGGCCAUGUUCUUCUAUGAGUCAUUUAUGACGUACUCCAGCGUGAAUCACUCAUGCCCCUUUCUUGAAUAUAUUAUGUAA